UAAAUAUAUAUAUUUAUUAUAAAUAUAUAAAUACAACAGUCACAGGAAAAACAAACUGAACAGUUCUUUUAAAAAUGAAGCUUGUAACACUAUUUUUAACAGUGUGCUUGUUAGUUACGUUCGCAUUGGGACAAAAAGGUGAAUGUGGUCCGAACGAACAAAAAGGAUGCCGGCCUUGCCCUUGCCCUGAGCGAACAUGCCAAGAUCCAAACCCCUUGUGUCCACAUUUUAAUUGUCCUAAAGUUUGUCUCCAGUUUUGCGAAUGUAUACCUGGCUACUUGAGAGACGCUGUAACCAAGAAAUGUGUACCCAAAAGUAGUUGUCCUAAGAGAGGAUAAGAAAGAAAAAUAAUACCAAAAUCAAAUAUGUUUAAUCAUCAAUUUGGCGUUUAAAAUAUAUCACUACUAAAAAUUG